AUGGCUGUGGAGUUCGAUCUCGGGGUGGACGGUGGGCUGGUAAUGGGAGACAAUGCAAACAUUUACGUUGCUCCAUCGUUGUAUAAUACAGGAACAUGGAAGUCUUCCCUUCAUUCGACUUACAUGGAGAAGGCAAAUCCCCUGAACCAAGAGAGACACAAGAAUGUGCGCGAAGCCAAUGAUGAUGAGACUGCAUCAGUCCCUUCUGCUCAGUCUCCAGAGGGCAGACGGGGGAUAUCGCUGAUGUACGCGGUGCGGACCUCUGGGAGGUACACGGGAGGCUUGCGGCGGUCUCUUGUCCUUGUUGGAAUCGCUGCAGUUAUGUGUGCUCUGAUUGUAUCAUUCUUUACAAAGGGUUUAGCCCAGGGCUCGCGGCUCUGGUUGCCCUCGAAGGAGCCCUACGCACCCUUGACGCAGCUUCAGGAGCCUCCAUUGGGCCCCGAUGCACCGGUCAAGGGGCCUCAGGUGCCUGUAACGGAGCCAGAGGUAGAAUCCGAGCAGCUCAAGGUGCCUCCACCAACCCCAGACGCAACAUCGAAAGACCUUGAGAUGCCUCUAACGGACCCGUACACAACAGCAAGGCAUACUGGUGAUCAUGACCGUGAGGGGCCGUCCACUGAUGAUCAGAAGAGACCUCCGCCUGAAGAUGUUCACCCAUCAUUUGUGCCUUCAUUUGCUGCUUUGUACGAUAUAUUCCUCAACGAGUUUGAGGGGGAUCCGUCCAAUGCCCGUGGCUCGGCCAUUGAGGACGGCUUUUUAGGGGGUUAUCCCAAUAUUAUCUCGGAAUUCGAAACCUUUGUAGAGACCUGCAGUAAUUCUCCUUUUAUGAAAAUCGUGCCUAAGGACAACGAUGAGAGGCGGCAAAGGGACUGGCUGAUGUACAAAAUGCACAUGGGUACUUUGGCGAAGGCGGAGGCCACGGUGUCGACGGAGCUAAGUACGCUAGCUAUGGGAGGAGACUCGGAAAAGCGGUUAGCCAUAUAUGAAAGCCUGCUGGACAUUUAUAAGCUGAGGCUGGAGGCAGCCACUAAUUGGAAGAAUUAUCAUGAGCAAUGUGGAGGGAUACACGCGAAUACAGAAGAUGUUUCAAAACUUCUUCAGGCCCAGGAGGUCUAUUACGCAAAAAUGGUGGAUAAGCAAGAGGAAAUAAUCGAAAAGGCCAAGGAGACUAGCAGCGCACCUAAGACGAAGAAAGCAUCUAGAAAGCCUAGCCUUCGUGCACAGGGAUUCAAGGGGGAACCAAAACAGGUUUAUAGAGAUGCCGUUAAAGAACUCGCCCCUGAAGAUGGUUGGAUGAUCUACCUAGUCCUUUGA